UUUCAUCAUCUUCUUCACCCACUGAAUUUUUCUUUAAAGGAAGAAAGAGAAAAGAAAUAACUCCAAUUCCUUAUGCUCAGAAGAGAUUUUUGGAGCUGAAAGAAAAGCCCCAUUAGACAGAGAGAGAGAGAGAAAGAAAGAGAGAAAAAUUUUAGUUCGAUUCACGAGUUCUGAUCAUCUUCUUCAUCAUCAUCAUCAUCAUCACCGCCUCUUUUCAGAAACCCUAGAAACCCCGAUUGAUUGAAUUUUUACUUGAAGGAGACAGAUAUAAAGGAAUUUUCUCAGUGUGAUUUAUAAUAAUUUCUCUGCUGAUAAGGCCAGUAGGUUUGGUGAACUUUCACGUGCUCUGUUUUUUCCCUUCCAUUUUCACUGGCUCUCCUCUCGCCACAUCAAUCAAUUUCUUUCUUCUUCUUCCUUCUCCAUUUUGUUUUUCUUUUACGUAUUGCUUCGGGAUUUCUUUCGCUACGACAAGCGUUUCAUAUAAUAGCGAUAAGAGAUGGAUCGGUCGGCACUCACUGUUGGACCGGGAAUGGACAUUCCGAUCAUGCACGAUAGCGAUCGUUAUGAGCUUGUGCGCGACAUUGGCUCUGGAAACUUUGGAAUUGCUAGAUUGAUGAGGGAUAAGCAGACUGGAGAGCUCGUUGCCGUCAAGUACAUCGAGAGAGGUGAGAAGAUAGAUGCGAAUGUGAAGCGGGAGAUAAUAAACCACAGAUCUUUAAGGCAUCCGAACAUUGUCAGAUUCAAAGAGGUGAUCUUGACCCCAACCCAUCUUGCAAUUGUGAUGGAAUAUGCAUCUGGAGGAGAGCUCUUUGAACGGAUCUGUAAUGCCGGACGGUUCAGCGAGGAUGAGGUUUCUUUUAGAUGCAUAAAAAUUCUUGAUUUAGAAUCUCCUACCAUCGUUACCUUAAGUUACAUCGAUCUGCAGGCACGUUUCUUCUUCCAGCAACUUAUAUCUGGUGUCAGCUAUUGUCAUGCAAUGCAAGUAUGUCAUCGUGAUUUGAAAUUGGAGAAUACAUUACUGGAUGGAAGUCCUGCUCCUCGUUUGAAGAUUUGUGAUUUUGGAUACUCAAAGUCUUCUGUGCUGCAUUCACAGCCAAAAUCAACGGUUGGCACCCCUGCAUAUAUUGCUCCUGAGGUGUUACUUAAGAAAGAGUAUGAUGGCAAGAUUGCGGACGUGUGGUCAUGUGGGGUGACCUUAUACGUCAUGUUGGUUGGUGCAUACCCCUUUGAGGACCCCGAGGAUCCAAAAAACUUUCGCAAAACAAUUCAGCGAAUCCUGAAUGUACAGUACUCAAUUCCUGAUUAUGUUCUUAUCUCUCCCGAGUGUCGCCAUCUGAUCUCUAGAAUUUUUGUUGCCGACCCAACUAAGAGGAUUACAAUUCCGGAGAUAAGAAAUCAUGAGUGGUUUCUGAAGAAUCUUCCAGCUGAUCUCGUAGACGAAAAGGCAAUGAACAACCAAUACGAAGAGCCAGAUCAACCAAUGCAAACCAGUGAAGAAAUCAUGCAGAUAAUAGCUGAAGCUGGCCUUCCGGCUGCCGGGACACAGAGUCUCAACCAAUACCUUACUGGCAGCCUUGAUAUCGAUGAUGAGAUGGAGGAUGACGAAGAGAGUGAUCCUGAUCUUGAUCUUGAUAUCGACAGCAGUGGAGAAGUUGUCUAUGCAAUGUAAUUGUUAAUAGGAUUGAAAGGAGUAAACACGCAUAGUAGCACACGCUUGGACAAUGAAAGCUGGAGAGAUCUCGAGGCCAUUGGAUAGAGGUUUUAUCAAUAGAAUUGUGAACCGAGUCAGUGAAUCCAUCUGUUCCUAUAUAUAGCUUUUCUCUGGUUUGGGGUUUUAUUGAUUAUCACCUUUUACAAAGUGCUGUCUGUAUAAUUUGUCUAUCACCUUACACGCACACUCCCCAUGUUCAACAGUUGUAAAUUUUCUGUAGCAAAUAUUUGAACUGCUUGUCGAUCCUUUGUUUUCA